UGGAGCCCCGUGACCCCGGCCAAGCCCCGCCCCUUCCUGGUUGUCUUGGCGACGGCGGUGGCGUCCUAAGAUGGCGUCGUGGCUGCCAGAGACUCUGUUCGAGAUUGUCGGACAAGGCCCGGCGCCGAGCAAAGACUAUUACCAGUUGUUGGUCACCCGUUCUCAGCUCAUCUUCAGGUGGUGGAGGAUCUCUCUAAGGAAUGAGUAUCGAUCCACAAAACCUGGUGAGGCCAAAGAAACACACGAAGACUUUCUGGAGAAUUCACAUCUUCAAGUUCAAAUUGCCUUGAUCUUCGGUGCUGGGAUAUUAGACUACGUGUUCAACUUGUGCCAAGGGAAGUUUGACUUCCUGGAGCGGCUCUCCGAUGCGCUGCUCCUCAGCAUCAUCUCUUACUUGGAUCUGGAAGAUCUGGCCCGUCUUGCUCAAACGUCCCGCAGGUUUGCUAAGCUGUGCGCGUCUGACCAGCUGUGGGAGCGGAUGGUCAAGUCAGCCUGCGGCACCAUCACCCCCGACAUGAAGUCACUGGCGGACAAAGUGGGCUGGAGGCAGAUGUUCUUCGCCAACAAGUUCCAGUUCCUGCGGCAGCUGCAUAAGCAGAAACAAAGGCAGAGCACCCAGGGAGAGAAGCAGGUGUAG